UUGAACAAGGAGGCGACAUCUUCGAUAACAGUGUAAACAAAAUUCAAGACAUUCAGUGGUAUAAUUCAUAUUUAUUCAAGUUCAUCUUUAGCCCAGUUAUGGCUAGUUCACCAGUUGUAACAGACAAAACGAAGAAACGACCAAAGCACCAAUAUCCUGCUACAUACCCUGUAAUAGAUGGCAACAGAUAUCUUCCGAACACAACGAGAGAGUUUCUGAGGGACCUCAAAAAUCUGCCUGUUAAAGGCGACGAAGUCUUUGUGGCUUCCUAUCCCAAAGCAGGCUAUACGUGGGUGUCUGAAAUAGUAUGGCAGAUUUUCAUGGAUGGAGAUAUCGAUUACCGGCCCAUCCAUCAUCGUGUACUGUUCUUGGAAUCUCUCAAAACGUUUGGUACAGCCACCACCACGGAACAGUUGGCCGAGUUCUUCUCAGACAAGCCUUUUCCACGAGUGUUCAAGACUCAUUUACAAUAUCCUCUGGUACCGAUGGGAGAUGGUGUCACGAGACCUAAGUUCAUUAACGUCAUACGAAACCCUAAAGACUGUGCUGUGUCUUUUUAUCACCAAGCAAAAGCCUUAAAAUCCAAUGAAUUUGAUGGAGAAUGGGACGAGUAUUUUGAGACGUUCAUCGACGGUGAARUUGUAUUUGGUUCUUGGUUUGACCACGUGCUUGGCUGGUGGGCUCAUCGAUACGACCCCAACAUUCUGAUCUUGAAAUACGAAGACUUGAAAAAGGACCUUCCUUCUGCUGUAACUCAAAUAGCAAAGUUCCUUGAGAAGGAAUUGUCUGAACAAACCAUUCAACUGAUUGCAAAACAAACYACYUUUGACGCCAUGUCAAAAUUUAAACAUUUUCACGAYGAUGAAAAGCMGAAUCAGUUCGAAAGGAAACCAGGAUCAACGAGAUUCCUACGUAAGGGUGAGGUAGGAGACUGGAAAAACUACUUCAMCGAGGAACAGAAUCAACGAUAUGACGAGCUGUUUGAAAGGAAAAUGGCUGGAAGUGGUUUAGAAGUAAUAUAUAUAAUAUGAGCGGGAGAUCUGUAUAAGGAUUUAAAACAGCGAGCUGCAAGCGAGAUACAAUGAGAGAACAAUGUUUCUAUUGCCGUGCUAAACAGUUUAUUAACAGAAAAUAUAUUGCUAUUAGUGAAAUAAGGACAGAAGAAAAAAUUUAUGAGGUAGAGAGAUUGAUAAGCAAGAUAAUAAAAUGAGUUAUUCCAUAGCUUUUAUAAUACCAAUUACUGAUUUCAGCAGCUUUAAUGAGUUCAGUGUUUUUUGUCACGUACUUAAGAAGAAUAUUUGGUUGAUCUGCGAAGGAUGGCCAACAGUUUUGAGAUUUGGAACAAUCGGACAUAAGGUUUAUUGUUUUAUCUAAAAAGACAUCCUCUGAUCAUCAUCAUCAUUAGCAUCAUCAUCAUCAUCACUGAACAGCAUCAUCAUCAUCAUGUUAUUACUUUGCGCGCUAAAAUAUAGAUUUAGUUUAUUGCAUAGUAAAUAUAAUGUUAUGUUAAUAUUAUAAUAUGUUUAUUGUUAGUUUAUUUUUUGCAAGUCAUACUAUAUGUUGACCCAAAUUUCGUCAAUAAGAAAAGUAGAUAAUCCACGAAAUAAAGUCACC